AUGUGGUAUCAUAACCUGUUGUUACUGUUGUUGCUUGUCAUUCAACUUUAUUUUACUCAGCAGGAAACAACCGACAUUUUUCCAAAUCCUCGUGCUAAUGGCUACAGUGAAUGUGGGUUAAAAUCGAAGGGAUAUCAACUUACCGAACAAGAAAGAUACCGACUAAACAACGAUUUACUCCAACUAUCACGACGAACAUCGAAUGAUCAAAGUACAGAUUUUUGUACUACAAAAGGUGUUGAUGCUACCUUAUUCAUUACAAAACAGGGUAAUGAGCAAUUAGCACAUCAAUUGAAAACCCUUUGGGCUGUCGAUGGACAAUGUAAAAAAUCUAUCAUUUUCGUACUCUCGACCAAUGACCACAACCUAUAUUAUGCAGCCGAUGAGCAUUCUCCUAUAUCGGCCAGUGAUUUCGAAAAAGUGGUCAGCGAACAACAACAACUUUUAAACGAAGGCAAAUUCACAUUGGCGUUGACAGCGAUAUUUUCGAAGCUUGGCGAAUCUGUUCAGGCCAACAAGGACGAAACAAUAAACGGUUAUAUGCUUAGAAUCUGA